AUGGGGAGCGGUGCCAGUGCCGAGGACAAAGAACUGGCCAAGAGGUCCAAGGAGCUGGAGAAGAAGCUUCAGGAGGAUGCGGACAAAGAGGCAAAGACUGUCAAGCUAUUAUUAUUGGGCGCUGGGGAAUCAGGAAAGAGUACCAUCGUCAAACAGAUGAAAAUCAUACACCAGGAUGGCUACACACCAGAGGAGUGUUUGGAGUUCAAAACCAUUAUCUAUGGCAAUGUGCUGCAGUCCAUUCUGGCCAUCAUCCGUGCCAUGUCCACCCUCAGCAUUGACUAUGCAGAAUCAUCCCACGUGGGUGAUGGACAACAGCUUAACAACAUGGCUGAUUCUAUGGAGGAAGGAACCAUGUCUCCUGAACUGGUGGCCAUCAUUAAAAGACUAUGGAAAGAUGGAGGUGUGCAGGCCUGCUUUGAACGUGCUUCGGAGUACCAACUCAAUGACUCUGCCUCUUACUAUCUCAAUCAGCUGGAUCGAAUAACCGCUCCUGACUACCUUCCCAAUGAGCAGGAUGUUCUACGGUCUCGGGUCAAAACUACAGGCAUCAUUGAGACCAAGUUUUCUGUCAAAGACCUGAACUUCAGGAUGUUUGACGUGGGAGGGCAGAGGUCAGAACGCAAGAAAUGGAUUCACUGUUUUGAAGGUGUUACCUGCAUCAUUUUCUGUGGAGCCCUAAGUGCCUAUGACAUGGUACUGGUGGAAGAUGAUGAAGUGAACCGCAUGCAUGAGUCUCUGCACCUGUUCAACAGCAUAUGUAACCACAAGUUUUUUGCUGCCACGUCCAUCGUUCUCUUUCUCAACAAGAAGGACCUCUUUGAGGAGAAGAUCAAGAAGGUUCACCUCAGCAUUUGCUUUCCUGAGUAUGAUGGUAACAACUCAUAUGAGGAUGCAGGAAAUUACAUAAAGAACCAGUUCCUUGACCUAAACAUGCGAAAAGACGUCAAAGAAAUCUACAGUCACAUGACUUGUGCAACAGACACACAGAAUGUCAAAUUUGUGUUUGAUGCGGUUACAGAUAUCAUCAUCAAAGAAAACCUCAAGGAUUGUGGGCUUUUCUAGUUCUCAUCAAUCAGCAGGUACACAUCGGAAAAAAACAGACUGGGCUGGACUACUGUUUGGGAAAUUUGGAUAAUUUGAAGCGAUGGGUUGGGGAAUCAGAAAUCACAGGCCACUGUAUGAUGGGUGUAUUGCUUGCCUUCUCAGUGGGUGGGGGAGGGCCUGGAGGGAGGAA